UCUAUAGAUGCAAGGACACUUGUCUUUGUUAGGAUCUAUUCUCUUUUACUAUCUUUAACUCACCAAUGGAGUUUCUUCUCCUCCUGGAUCUCCUCUCAGGUUCUUCUGUCCUAUCAGUUUUCAGUAACUCAUUGAGGGGCCAAGAGGGAGGAUCAGUUACUGUCCAGUGUCGCUAUGAUUCAUACUAUGACACCAGUACAAAAUACUGGUGCAAAGGAAGGGAACGGAGCACCUGUAAGACUGUGAAAGUGUCAGUCAGAGACGAUCCAUUCCACAGAGUGUUCACUAUGACUCUGAACAGUCUGGAAAAGAAGGAUGAAGACUGGUACUGGUGUGCUAUAGAGAGAACGGGUGUUGAUUAUGGUAUUCCCCUGUACCUCGCUGUGUACAAUGCAGCAGUCACAAAAAGCCCAACCUUUGAACAGAUACCACCAAUAACAGUAGUGACCAUCAAAGACAGUGAUACCACCAAAGGCAGAAACAAACCUUCUGAGAAAACCACAGUAAUGCCACAGUAAGCAAUUAUGGUACAAUCUUCACAAUAAACUCCAGCACAGUUCUGAUGAUUGUUCAAAAGUGGAAAAAGCCAGCUUUUUAGGUAGCUAAAAGGUAAAAGUUAGAAAGCUAGUCUUCUGGAAUUUUGAUUGCAUUUGAACAUUUACAGUACAUGAUCCAUUUAAAAUAAUUGAUAAAGACCUCUAAAAAGCUUGUGAGCAACAAUUUGAAAGCAAAGACUCAGAGAUUUUGUAGUGGUACUAUAUCAAAGAAGGAAUCAUAUGACCCUUGGUGUCCUAAGCUAAACAUUACCUUUAGAGCCCUGUUCUUUCAGGUGAAGAGCAGUGAUGGUAGUGAUGGAGCCGGGGGGCAGGUGUGUCUCGGGGGUACACAGCAGUUACAAGUCAGUCUAUGAGACAGUGCAAGCUGCUCUGUGCAACAGAGAAACAAAGAAAAAGGGAAGAACAGUGUGUGGGUAAUAGAGGUAAUGGUCAUUUUCAGGGUGAAUGAAGAGGGUUAGUCAAAACAAUAAUAGAGUAAUAAAAUAAUGAAAGUUAAAGCAAAAACCUCUUCUUUGGACAAUGUGUUUUUCCUAAACUAGAAUUAUAUUAACAAGCAUGGUGUCUUGUUGAUUCACCCUGCUGCCUCACACUUUUUGUCUAGUAAGGUCAAUACCCUCUAUAUGGAGUUUGCAUGUUGUCCACAUGGCACUGUCCAAUGUGCAACAAAAAGUCAUUUACCCCUUGCUGCACAAGGGCGAAUCUAUGACCAUAAGCUGAUAACAGGUGUGUGCACUGAAAAGCUUUCUUUUGAAUACUGAAUUGCCAGUUUUAUUAACGGUCUAAAUAGAUGCCCAUGGAACUUUCAGCCAAUGAAUGAGCUGAAGUUCCUCCAGGUAAAAACAGGCAACACAGAGAGCCUGUAAGAUUCAGUGAGAUUCAGUGAGGAUUCAGGAGAAUUCUGUGGACUAUUCUAAAGGGAAUUCAAAGGAGAAUUCCAGG